AUGUACGGCGAAGAAGCUUCCAAACUCGCACGCGAGACUAAGCGCACAAUAGAUCAUUUCCCACCAUACAAUGACCCAUUAGUACGAUCCAUCACACGCGAGAUUCGACAUCUGCAUGAGACCUGUCUCGAGAAUCAUAUCCGAGAGGCGACUCAACCAUUGACGGAGAUCUUUUGGACAAAGUAUUUGGUUCACAUGACACCUCUACAACGAAACAAACGAAUCCUGAUGGCCUAUCAUUUCCAGAGGAUUGAGAAGAUCAAGGAAUUAGCAUGGGCCUACAAUACGUUACCGGAGAGUUCCCGUCGGUUAUUGUCACCGGAUGAGAUCUUGUUCUUUUCAGAGUAUGAGAAACAAUGUCGGAACAAGUAUACGAGUCAAAUGGAGUUUAACGAAUUGGAUUUGGGAUUAGGGAUGAUUUCUCCACCAAAGGAGGUCUUUAUUACCGUCAGGGUCCUGAAGGAUUGUGGAGAUAUCGUGACAGAAAGUGGGGCGACCUUGAGCCUGAAGAAGAAUUCUGAACAUUUUGUCAAACGUGGAGAUGUGGAGCGAUUGAUCACCCAGGGAUAUUUAGUACAUGUCGCUUAG